AUGGAACUGCCAGUUGCUGAUGAGCUCAAAACUGAGAAGCAUAAAGCUCAGGUUGAACGCCAAAGAGAAGUCAAAAAAGCAAAGACAGCCACAACGGAUCCAGGCACAGGCAGCAGCCCACAGGCGACAGCUCCCGAGGCACCGCAACACCAGCACUCACUUCAGAAUAGCAUGGAAGGCAUUGUAGUUGGCAUGGCAAACACCCAAACCCCGACCACCCAGCCCAACGUGGCAGAAAACACCCCGAGCUCGGGAAGCACGCACGAUGCAAGCUGCGAAACCGCGGCAUCGCCAGUCCAAACGCCACACAACUUGGCACCAGCCUUCGGCGCGCAGGGACAACAACCCAUCAAUCUGUGGCACGGGAACCGCAACCGCGGAACUACAAACCGAAAUCACGACACUGCGCAAGAGAAUCAAGGUGCUGGAGGCAAGCGUGGUAAAAUUCAAAACAAUCACCCAAAAUUCAAAACAAUCACCGCAAACGCAGGCCAUCCGAAAUCACAAGGAACACACGGCGAGCAUCCACAAAAGCCACGACGCCGCCAACAUGGCUCUGAAGGAGGAAGUGGACGCACUGAAAGCGGCACUAAUACAAUACGACGCGACGAUGAGACAUCUGGGACAAUCUUUGAUUGCAUUGGCGGAUAG